AUGCCACCUGCAAAGAAAAAGACAACGACAAACGCAACUGAAAAGAAGGCUGCACCAGCAAAGACAACUGGAAAGCGUGCUGCCAAUGCUGACAACACCAAUGUCGACACCAACAAUGCCAAGAUCGCCAAAAAGCAAAAGGUUGCCCAAAAGCCAGCAGCAGACGAGAAGAAGCCAGCAACCAAAAAGCAACAACCUGCUAAGGAGGAAAAGAAACCUGCAGCUAAGAAGCAACAACAACCUGUGAAAGAAGAGAAGAAGCCUGCAGCCAAAAAGCAACAACCAGCAAAGGAAGAGAAGAAGCCUGCAGCUAAGAAGCAACAACAACCAGCAGCAAAGGAAGAGAAGAAGCCUGCAGCUAAGAAACAACAACCAGCAGCAAAGGAAGAAAAGCAACCCGCCAACAAGAAGCAGCCUGCCAACACUAAGAAAGCUACUGUCCAGAAGCAAAAGGGUGGUGCAGUCGAGAAGAAGGCAGCUGCCAAUAAGAAGACUGAAUCCAAGCAAUUGAAGAAGGCUGUUGAAAAGGCUGCUGAAGAAUCGGAUUCUGAUGAGGAACAAGAGGAUCAAGAAGAUCAAGAAGAGUUGACCGAGGAUCAAGAGGAUGCUUUGCGUAAAGAAAUCUUGGGCGAUCUCGUCAGCAGUAGCGAAGAUGAAGGUGCUGAUAGCUCGGAUGAGGAAAACGAGGAUAUUAUUGCAUUGGAUGAAGAGGCAUUGAAGAAGAGCAAAGAGGAAACCAAGGCACAGUUUGACAAAAAAGCAAAGAAGGCUGACAAGAAGAAAGAAGAUAUCAAAACGGGUGUCGUUUACCUUGGCAGAAUUCCCCAUGGUUUCUAUGAGGAGCAAAUGCAAGGCUACUUUUCGCAAUUUGGUGACGUGAAGCAGCUUCGCUUAUCACGCAACAAGAAGACCGGUGCAUCCAAGCAUUACGCAUUCAUUGAAUUUGAGUCUGAGGACGUUGCCAAGAUUGUUGCUGAGACUAUGGAUAACUAUCUCUUGUUCGGUAAAUUACUUCAAUGCAAAUAUAUACCACCCGAAUCAGUGCACAGCAAACUCUUUGUGGGCGCCAACAAGGUCUUCAACACAAGAAUCGCAAAGGUUGUUCAAAAGGACAUGGUCAAGAAAUUCAACGCAAAGAGAACCCCCGAAGAAUACAAGAAGCGCGUAGAACGACUUGUGGCUCGUGAGGAGAAACGGCGGAAGGACAUUGAAAAGGCUGGCAUCAAAUACUCUUUCCCUGGUUAUGCUGCCGAAUGGGAAAAGAAACAAAAGGCAUCAUCUAAGUAG